GGGGGGGGGGGGGGGGAGAGAGAGAGAGAGAGUGAGAGAGACAGAGGGAAGGAGAGAGAAGGAUAGACAGAUGAGAAGGAAGGAGUAGAGUGAAGCAGAGGUAUAGGAAGAGAUAGGUAGGAAGAAAGAGUGAUCUAGGUGUAGAAGGAGGACAAGAAGAGGUGGGGAGGAGAGAGCAGGAGGGGAGGGGGAGAGAUAUAGAGAGACAGCCAGAGGAAGACUGGGGCAGAGAGAAGCUGUUGGGUGCUCUGAGUGGGUCUGUCUCAUCAUUGGCAGUCUAUCAGCCCUGGCACAGCUCCUGGUGACAAGGGGCUCCAUGACUCUCUUCAGACUAUAUUCCCCCAGCACUAGGGGGGUGGAGAGGUGUGAACUGCUCUCAGCCAAAAAAGGGGGCGUCUUCCCCCCCUAAAUACUCCAGGGAGAGGGGACUGGGGGAGAGAGACACCGAUACAGAGGGAGAUAGGAGAGCUGCUUGGAUUCCAGUGAGGGGACAUCCAACCAACGAGAGGACCAGGGUCCAUCGGCGGAGGACAGGAGCAGGAGACUUUCACUGUGCUGCUUCUUCUCCCAGGACUAUCGCUGUCUCGGAUUGCCUCCUGGGUUUGGCUGCUGUGGGACACUCUGGGGUCCAGGCUGUGCCCCUGCCUUUAGGAUUAGCUCUGCUCUGAGGAUCAGCCCUGGACCAGGGGUGGCUCUCCAGUGUCACAGGUGUCACCAUGCAGAGCUCAGGAUGUCAUCUGGAUCUCUUCUUCAUUCUGUUUGGGCUGCAGCUGCCUUUCAUUUCGUCGUGCCCCAUAAACUGUGUAUGCUACCCAUCACCAAUGACAGUAAGCUGCCAGGCUCAUAAUUUUGGAGCCAUACCUGAAGGGAUCCCAGAGAUCAGUGAGAGGAUAUUUCUGCAAAACAACCAGAUCACAAUGCUACUUCGAGGUCACUUCAGCCCUUCUUUGGUCACUCUUUGGCUGUACUCAAACAACAUCACUUUCAUUGAUCCGGCCACAUUUGAAGGCUUUGACAAUCUGGAAGAGCUAGACCUAGGGGACAAUCGUUACUUAAGGGCUUUGUCAGCAGAGACUUUCCAAGGUCUGUCCAGGCUUCACGCUCUGUACCUGUACAAAUGUGGCCUCAGCUCCUUACCCACAGGGAUAUUUAGUGGCCUCCAUAGCCUGCAGUUCCUUUACCUGCAGGACAACCACAUAGAAUUUCUUCAAGAUGACAUUUUUAUAGAUUUGGUUAACUUGAGCCAUCUAUUUCUCCAUGGCAACAAGCUCUGGAGCCUGCAUCAGAACACAUUUCGAGGGCUGGUUAAUCUGGAUCGUCUUCUCAUCCAUCAAAACCAGCUCCAGUGGGUUAACAAAUAUGCAUUUCACGACCUAAAAAGGUUAACCACACUCUUCCUCUUUAAUAACAGCCUAUCUGAACUUCAAGGUGAGUGCUUGGCCCACCUCUCUGCUCUUGAAUUUCUUAGGCUUAAUGGAAAUCCAUGGGACUGUGGUUGCAAAGCUAGAUCUCUCUGGGAAUGGUUACGUAGAUUUAGAGGAUCGAGUUCAAAUGUGAUAUGUGAAUCGCCAGAUGAGAUGGAAGGUAGAGAUCUCAAACAACUUAGAGCAGAGGAUUUCAUACGCUGUUCGAGUUCCGAAUCUCUUCAUCAGAUUAAAACCCAUACGUUCAGUACGACACACCAGAUAGCCCACAAAGGCCACCACUCUCACCACUCUUCGAAAGAGAAAGGGAAGGAGCUGGACCUUGGCUUACAUCAAAAUGAACCGGCUGCUCCUCCUGAUCCACGUCCUGGUUCUCGGAAACCAGGGAAGAAUUGUACCAGUCACAAGAACAGAAAUCGUAUCUCAAAACCUGUAUCUGGGAAAAGCAUGCAUGAUCUCCAGGAUUAUGUGCCGGAUUAUCAUGACAAAUUCAAUUACGGCACUGUGCCCACUGCUUCCACAAAGAGGAAGACUAAAUGUACUCGGAGGACGCCGAACAGGAAGCCCAGUGGAGUGCAGCAGGCAGCAGGCAACAGAUGUGAUGGGGUCAGGGUGUCACUGCUGCUCUUCCUUCUUGUGUUAGCUGUCAUUGUACGCUGACCUCCGGAGGAGGAACUAUUAGCCACUGCCACCACUUUCCAAAGGACCAGCAUUUCUUUUUGUUAUUCUUCUUUAUCUGUGUACAGAGGAUUUGACAUGGAGGAGAAAUGACGGUUGCUUCAGGUGAUCUCCUGGUUUGUGUCUGUGGAUUAUAAGUAUAAACUGGAUACAACAGGAGUUGGGAGGAUUUGGGGGGGUUGAUACCACAAACCUACCACAGCCUCUAAUUUGCACGUACAAAGGGCAACACCUUUGAAAGAAAUUACAGAAAAUUCCUCUUAUACUUUCUGGUUAACAAAUGGACAUGCAAAAUGGGGCAUUCUUACUGAUCCUUCCUAUUUUGAUUUAUUUUUUUAAAUAUUGUUUGUCCCUGUGUUUAGAAAGGGAACAUACUUGUAAAAAAACAAAACAAAGCAAAAAACUACAGACCUUAUUACAGUUUUUGUCUCCUACACAUGUAAGACAUUGUGUAACUGGUGUCACAUGAGAGACACAUACUGGCUCCGUUAGCCUAUCCAGAUAUUAUUGGUCUUUGGGCCAAUGCUGCUCAGAAGACAAUCUACUAUUCCUGAAAUACUCAGGCAUAUUUAUCUCUAUAUAGCAGGGCUCAGCUGCCGUGCUACCAAAGGAAAGCUGCAAACAUUCAAUAGGACGUGUUAAAAUAAAAUAGAGAAGAUAUUCCUACAGGCAGCCUGUUUAUUUUGUAUAUGUAUUCACAUAGUAAUUUAAAGGCACAGCAGCCCUUUAUCUGUCUCCCCUCUGUCCUGUCGUCUAUGGCUAUAUCUUAAAUUUAUAACUUCAGAAAUGAAAACUAAAAAAAAAAAAAACAUAAAAUAUAUUGUUCCGUCCAAUUUAUAGCAAACAGACAUUAUUUAUUGGCUUUGAGCUUUGAAUACAUUGGCAUUUCUGCUUAGUUAUCCAAGACGUAUAUACACUACCAAUCCAAGCUGUCACAAAGGGUGGCAUAAUAAAGUGCUAUGAGAACCAUCCGAGCGUCACUGAAAAUCAUGCUCUGCAUGACACACCAGGCCAUAUUCCAGAGAAUAAGAAACAUAAAGCAAUUAUAUAUCAGUCGGUAAAGGCUAUCCAAGUGUACAAGGUCAGAGAAACCAAGAAAUAAAGGGUAUUGGUAGAAACAGAACAAGUGUAUUACUACAGAUCCAUAGAAUUCACUUUCCUCUAAGGGAGCAACAAGGUGAAAGGGGAAUGUCUUCUUAGAAAUCAUGAGAUCUUUCCAUAGGGAGAGAAAAAGCUUGCUCCCACCAGUGUUUGUUUAGUGGGAUCCUUAUAGCUGGCCUAAAGGUACUCACCACACAAGAAUAAUCCUCAAAGACAAAGGCCCAUGGAGAGCUUAUCUCGAUACAAGUCCAUAUUGACCUUAGAUAUUUGAUGUAUUAAUGCUAUGGGAGGAAUGGACCUGGGAAUUCCAGAAAAGACCCAGACAAUACAUGUGUACACAAUCUAGAACCUUGGGAUGCUAGAGUAGAUAUUAUCUACAGAUUGAACUAGGUUCUCAAACAAGGGUUACAUGGAGACAUAUUUGUUUCUGGAUUAGCUCUACACUGAGCCCAGUGCUGCCAGCUGUGUGGUCUGUCAUGUGCCUGUACUUUCAUUUUAAACAUUCUGCCGAAAACAGCCCAUUAAAUUCCUGAAAGCUUAGAGAACAACUGUUGCUUUUCCGUGCUUAAGUAAGGACGGAGUGCGGGCCAUGAUAGAUUACCCUCUUGCCAGUAAACAGUAGCAGUGUUAAUCAGAUAUAGAUAACAGAUCUAGCGAGUUCUGUAAGCACACAGAACAAAAAAAAAAAUAUGUUUUUUUCCUUGUCAGAGAAUUUGUGUGACCAGAAGAGAACACCGAAAUAAACUAAAAUAAAAAAUAGC